AUGUCGGAAGCUGAGAAAAGGGAAGACGAAGAGAUCUACCGGAAUAUUCCCCGUCAAGAUCUGUUGCAGAGUUUCAUGUCCAAGAAAAAUAAAAACCUGUCGGUUGAAGAUGGAGAGGUAGAGAUUGAGCUAGACUUAGGUCUUUCUCUCAACGGUAGGUUCGGUGUUGACCCACUAGCGAAGACCAGGCUGCUCACGCGGUCAUCUUCUAUUCCUGAUUUGGUGGUCAACGAUGAUAGAUCGGAGCUGAGCAGGACUUGCUCGUUGCCUGUUGAGACGGAGGAGUGGAGGAAGAGGAAAGAGUUGCAGAGCUUGAGGAGGCUCGAGGCCAAGAGGAAGAGGUCUGAGAAACAGAGGAACGUGAGAAUGCUUAGGGAGAAACAUAAAGCUGGAGAAGGAGGAGGAGAAGAGAAGAUUGUAGAAGAAGGAUCUAUUGGAUCUUCUGGAAGUGGUUCCUCUGGUUUGUCUGAACUCGACACCUCCCCUCCUCCUCCUCCCCCUGUUCAAGCAACAACAAACAAGUCAAUAGAAACAAGCCCACCAAGUGCUGCUCCAGCGGCCAGAAACAUCAUAGAAGACAUGCCAUGCGUGUCAACGACAGGAGAUGGACCGAACGGGAAAAAGAUCGAUGGGUUUCUGUAUCGGUACAGGAAAGGUCAGGAGGUGAGGAUCGUGUGUGUAUGCCAUGGGAGCUUCCUCUCGCCUGCGGAGUUCAUUAAGCAUGCCGGUGGCAGUGACGUGGCGAAUCCCUUGAAGCACAUCGUUGUAAAUCCCUCUCCCUUCUUGUGA